AUGGGUCAGAAGCAUGCACACGGGGAAGAGGUCCUUCACGAUGGAUCUUCUAGGUUGGAGAUGAGUGGUUUUAGCGAGUUCUUUAACGAGAUGAAUUUGAUGGAUCUUCGGCUUUUGGGCCGUCAUUUCACUUGGUAUCAUGCAAAUGGUAGGGCUAUGAGUAGGAUUGAUAGGAU